AUUUAAUGUUUUAAUAUCUAUUCAGAUGACAGUAUGCUUCGUUGCCAGUGUUGCUCAGCAGGACAACCUGCAACUGGAAAUGUUGAUAUCUCUGUAGAAAUGUUAAACAUUUGAUGAAGGAUUAAUUUCUGAAGGUUCUGAGAUCUUUGCUUACGCGUAUUUCUUUUGGAAGAGUACCAAAGCAAUCCGCAGCCAAUUAUGAUUCGCUUGGGCAAGCACCGAAAUAUUUCUGCGCCAGUGAAGUUUCCCGCGCAAAAAGACUGGCAGAUAGAGCUCUCACUGCUAGAACGGAACCAGAUUUAUACAGUAUUAUCGGAUAAUACGGAGUUAAGCCAUCGCAAUGACAAAAUGCCUGGAGUUUUAACAAAUAAUACGAGUUUGGAAUAUAAUAAUUGGAUUAAUGAAAGUGUGACGGGAACUUAUGAUAAUUCAAGCAAAAAUCGCACGGAAAUGGACUUUAUGGAUAUUCCCCCCUUAACAGCACAGGAUUAUGUUCUUGUUAUAUUAUACAGUGUCACAACAUUCUUAGCAAUAGUAGGAAAUUCUAUUGCAAUUGUGAUAUUUACAAAAGGCAAGAGAUCCAAAACGGAUUUAAGACCCUUCUUAAUUAAUUUAGCCGUGGCUGAUUUAAUCAUGGCAAUAUUCUGUAUACCAUUCACGUUUACAUAUCAAUUACUCAAUUCUAAUUGGGUAUUCUCAAGACCCAUGUGUCCCAUUGUGAUGUUUUUGCAAACCGUCUCAGUGACCGGAAGUGUCAUUACAAACAUGGUCAUUGGGAUUGACAGGCUUUGUGCUAUUGCAUUUCCCUUAAUUGCAACGAGGAAUAGAUCUUUACGUUAUCGGUUAAUAAUUUUAAUCAUCUGGAUAAUUUCAGUAGCUUUUGCAGGUGUGCAGCUGAAAGUUGGGGACACACACUAUGAUAAAGAUACCGGUUACACAGAAUGUAAAGAAAAUUGGUCUAGCGAUGAAUUAGCUAUGUUUUAUACAAUUUUGGUUUUAAUUUUGACAUAUUUAGUCCCGGUUAUUAUACUAACAGUUACGUACAGUAUUGUGGGGUAUAUAUUGUGGAAACGAAACUUACCAGGCAACGCUGACGCCAGUCGAGACAAAGUGCAACUGAACUCAAAGGUCAAGAUUGUCAAGAUGUUGGUCACUAUAGUUGUACUGUUUGUACUAUGCUGGCUCCCACUCCAUACAUUCUUCCUGGUGCUUAACUUCACAGAAAAGCUGGACCAUGCUUCUCUAAGUCUCACCUACUUUAUUUGUCACUGGAUUGCCAUGUCCAACAGCUUUGUCAAUCCCAUCGUUUACGGAACCCUUAACGACAGUUUUAGGGCGGAUUUGAAACAACUUAUAUUUCGAUGUAUUCCGAUACGGACACGAGCGGGAACUGCACGCCAGGGUGCUGUGAAACUGAAAUACCCAGCGGAGAAAUACAAAUUGAAUUAUAAUGCGAAACGAAGUACACAGAGAUUGAACUACCAGACUCAAAGGAGCUACGAAAGUCCUGCUUAUGACGAAUAUUUGAAUAGUUCAUCAUUCUCUAGAAAUGCUUCCGCAAAUUCCCCCAAAAGGACAUAUGAUACCUCAAGAUGAGACAACUUAAUAAUUAUAUGUUCUUUGUGAUAUGUAAUAAAGUCAUUGUUGUUAU